AUGGAGACGAACACCUCCAGACUGGAUUCCCGCGUGGAAGUGGACCUACAACUCAGUCAUCCAUCAACAGAGACCCAGCUCUCACCUCACUCGCUCUUCCUUUCAACUACUUUCCUUCCUUUCCUUUCCUUCUUGUCCCCUUCAUUUCUGCUUCAGCCUCAGGCCAGCCAACAGUACCUGAUGCACCUUGCACUCUUCUCCCAGCUCUCUGCUGUAGACAGAUACUGUACAGACUACAUCACUGGAUUCCUGCACUCUCUUGCUUCCUCUGUGUCAGAUUUAGAAACAGGGGCGCCAGUUGAAGAUGGGGUACAGAUGGGGAAGAGGUCCUCCUGCGGGGAGGAUGGAGACACAGCGCGAGCACCUGGCGUGGGGCGCGGAGGAGGCGGUGGAGGCCCGGAGCGGGGCCGGGAGCCAGCAGAGGAGCGGAGCGCGCGGCCUGCCCGCCGCCGGCCCCUAGGGGAGGGGGAAAGGAGGGAAGGACGGACCGCCGGGCCUGCGAGCCGGCCUGGCUCCCCACGAGGGCCGGCUCGGUCCCCGACUACCGGCGUCCCCGGCGCCCUCGCGGCCGCCACCUCCUCUCGCUCCCUGCAGGGCCCCACCGGCUCCCCGGGACCCGUCCGCGCCCCAGCUCCUGGCCGUUCCCCGGCGACCGCCGCUUCCCGCCCCCUCCCGCGAGCAGGGGGGAGGGGCCGCGCUGCUCCCUGUUCUCCCCGCCCCUCCCCGCCCCCCCGCAGCCCGCUCCGCUGCCGCGCUCGCCUCUCGCUGGCGGCGCUGACCCGGGAAGCGGCGGCUAGAGGCGGAGGCGGCGGCGGGCUGCGGGCCGCCGGGCCAGCGCUUGCUCCGCCGAGCGGGAGCUGGAGUCCGGCGGAGGCGGGCGGUGAUGGGAGUGUGAGGAGGCAGCGGCGGGGCCCAGGCACUGUGAGGCGGCGCGUGGCAGCGGCGCGGAGCGGGAGCGGAGAGGAGCAGGGGUGGGGCGCUGGAGCCGCGGCUCUUCCGCGGCGUCGAGCCCCGGUCCCCCGACCCCGGCGCGGGACCAGCCUCCCGCCUCGGCUCGGGCGGGCGCCCGUCGACCCGUCAGCCCCGUGCUCCGCGGCUGCUCGGCCCGCCCGCGAGCUGGGGGACAGGCUGCCGGGGGCAGCGUGGGGCUUGGCGUCUCUGAUUCAUUCAUUCGCCGCCGCCGUAGCUCGGACCUGCAGCGCCCCGAGGAACGGAGGGACAAGGGGCAGCCGCGAAUGA